AGAGAGAUGGAAUAAGUGAAUCGGUGGUGGAGGUUGAGCAGGAGCAGGGGGUAGGAGCAGUACAGGGGCGGAAUUUCGCGCGUGCUCCGCUUCGUCCCCUCGGUUACCGCCACCGUUGCCGCCGCCGCCGCCGCCGCCGCUGCUGCUGGAUGCUGAGGGUAGCUGGACCGCGCGCGUGAGGUGUCAGUUCUGCGCGCGACCUCUCCCCCGAAGGUGUCAACCUACUCGCGACCUACUCCAAGGUGUUUGCCAAAGUCUCGUGCAACUGACGUGCUUGUCCUCGCGCGUUUCUUUCUCUUACUCGCUCGCUCAUUUUCUCUCUUUCUCUUUCUCUUUCUCUCUCUCUCUCUUUCUCUCUCUCUUCCUCUCCCAUUCUCGCUUGUCGCUCCAUCCCGAUUUCUUCUUUAUAACUCUUUCUUUUACUUUUUUCUCGUUCGCAUUCUCCCCUUCUUUCUAUUUUUUUUUGAUUCCUCGUUUUUCGUCGAACGAAAAAAAAAAAAAGAAAAAGAAAAGAAAAAAAUAAGAAAAAAAAAGAAAGUAAAAAAGAAGAACACCCAAGUGAAGUUUUCUUUUCGAACGGAAGAACCGGAAGUUGAGCCGUCCAUCUGGCACGUGACACGCUUCACCACCGUUAUCAUGUACAACGGGAUAUCCAGAGGCAACAAUGAGGAAGCUGAAUCGACGUAACGGUCUACGCCAGGAUGGCCAGUUGGCCGCUGAGAAUCGUACUUCUGUCCAGCACCCUCAUCCUUGUCCGCGGGCGGGGAGUGGUGCUGGACAGUCAGGGGCCUGUGCUGAUCUCGGAGCCACGCUCCUCGGUCGAAUUCUCGAACGAGACCGGGGCCAUGAUCCACUGCUCGGCCCAGGGCAGCCCGUUGCCGAGGAUUGAUUGGCUUAUGGGGGACGAGUCGCCUGUCCUCCCUAUACCUCACAUACGCGAGAUGCUGGUCAACGGUUCCAUGUACUUUUUGCCGUUCGGAGCGGAGACCUACCGACACGACGUCCACUCGGCCGUCUACAGAUGUCAAGCCUCGAACAGCGUCGGUAGGGUAUUGGGCCGUGAAAUCACGGUAAAGGCCGUCGUGCGUCAAAAGUACGAGGUUCAAGUGCGAGACGCCUACGUCCUACCUGGAAAUACCGGUGUGCUCAGGUGCGAAAUACCGACUUUCGUUAAGGAAUACGUGGCAGUCACGUCCUGGGUUCGAGAUUCUGCCUACAACAUCUUUCCAACGCCGAAAAGCGACCCUCAUACCCCAGUUCCACCAAGGUUCAACGAACGAGUGAGUCCAGCGCCUAUAAGGACGGGGGAGACGAUCGUCCUUUCCUGCAUCUCGCAGGGAAUCCCGCCACCCAUGUAUCUAUGGUUUCGCGAGUCCGUGACGGGGACUGCGAUGAUCUUCAAUUCGGAAAGGAUCUACGCGAGAGCAGGGGUCCUCGUGUUGCAAUCGGCGAGGGCGGAGGACGCGGGACGAUACGUGUGCCACGCCAACAAUACGGCCGGUUCCGAGAUGGUCGAAUUGGAAGUCUCCAUUAUAAGCAGCCUCUCCAUCCACCUGGUGCCUCAACAGGUGACCGUCGACCUGGGCAAGGACGCGGAAUUCCAAUGCUCGGUCACCGGCCAGCCAAUCCCCGUCAUAUUCUGGACCAAGGACGGGCUUCCCGUGGGAGAGAGCGCCUCUGGUAGAAGCAAGAUCACGGGGAACGACGGAUCCACGCUGCGCAUUUCCUCGGUUGUGAGGGACGACAAGGGGAUGUAUCAGUGCUUCGCCAAGAACGACUACGAGAUGGUCCAAGCGACCGCCGAGUUGCGUUUAGGGGACGCGGCGCCGCAGCUUCUGUACAAAUUCAUCGAGCAGACCAUCCAGCCUGGCCCUUCGGUGUCGCUCAAGUGCAUCGCCACCGGGAACCCGACGCCGCACUUCUCCUGGACCCUGGACGGUUUCCCUCUUCCGCAGAACGACAGGUUUAUGAUUGGGCAGUAUGUGACGGUGCACGGGGACGUGAUAUCGCACGUGAACAUCAGCGUGGUGCACGUGGAGGACGGAGGGGAGUACCGGUGCACAGCGGCGAACCGGAUGGCGAAGGUACACCAUUCGGCUCGUCUCAACAUUUACGGCCUGCCCCACGUACGCCCGAUGGGGAACUACGCCGCUGUGGCCGGCGAGACCACCGUCAUCAAAUGUCCGGUCGCUGGUUUCCCAAUAGCGAGCAUCACUUGGGAGAAAGACGGGAAGGUGUUACCGACGAGUCGACGUCAGGAAGUGUUCCCGAACGGUACGCUGGUGCUGCAUCACGUCGACAGAAGCACCGAUCACGGUGCAUACACGUGCACGGCGAAGAACAAACAAGGUCGCUCCGACUCUCAGACGGUCCACAUCGAAGUGAAAGUUCCACCCACGAUAGCUCCCUUUAGCUUUAACAAGGAUCUGUCGGAGGGCGUGCGUGCUCAGGUAACUUGCAUGGUCGAGAAGGGCGAUCCUCCGUUCACGAUCGCCUGGUCCAAGGACGGCGAGGCGAUCGCCGGCCCGAGUCCAGCUGCUGCAGGCUUCGGGAACACCGGGAUAACCGGUCCCAGACACACGCAGACACCCGCCGGGCUACGCGUAACCAACAUUGACGCCCAUUCCAGUACCAUAGUUAUCGAGCGCGUGAGCGCAGCGCACUCGGGCAACUAUACUUGCAUGGCGCGCAAUUCGGUGGCCGAGGUCCUAUGGACGGCCGAGUUGAUCGUUCGUGUGCCACCCCGUUGGGUGAUGGAGCCCCAAGAUGUCCGUGCCUCCGAGGGGAUGUCGCGGCUGGUGCUCCACUGCCACGCGGACGGAUUUCCGCCCCCGGCGGUCUCGUGGCGGCGGGCCAGCGGCAAGAAGCCUGGAAAUUAUCGCGAUAUCGUGACGCACGAGCACGCCCAGAAUCUCAGGAUACACUCGAACGGGUCCCUGGUCUUUGGGCGGGUGCAAGAGGACCACGAGGGAUUUUAUUUGUGCGAGGCUGUGAACGGAAUCGGCGCCGGCCUCAGCAAAGUCGUGCAUCUUACGGUGAAUGUACCUGCCCAUUUCGCGGAGAAACACCGUAACCAAACGGCGAGGCUAGGCUCGAGCGCUUCCCUUCGUUGCGAGGCGAAGGGUGAUCAUCCCUUGAAGAUACUUUGGAAGAAGAUGGGCGCACAUCUGGAGCAGAAACUUUCCGACUAUCGAUACACGCUUAAGGAGGAGAACACGACCGACGGCAUAAUCAGCACGCUCGAGUUUAUAAGCACGAGUCGAGAGGACAGCGCGAGAUACUUCUGCAUAGCCUCGAACGCUUAUGGCCGCGACGAAAUGACGAUCCACCUGUACAUACAAGAGCCGCCUGAUUUCCCCCGGAAUCUUCACGUGAUCGAGAAAGGAAGUCGUUACAUCAACAUCAGCUGGACCACCAGCCAGGAUGGCAACAGCCCCAUCACCCAGUACAUCAUCGAGUACAAGACGGACACCGAAGUGUGGCACGAUCACACGUUUCACAUGACGGUGCCGGGCAGCCAGGCGCACGCUCACGUGAGCGGUCUUCGUCCAGCCGUCUCCUAUCAGUUCCGAAUAUACGCGGAGAACGAAUUGGGUCGUAGUCAGGCGAGCGACAUUUUGGAAACGACGACGGAGGGGGAGAAGCCCGGCGGCCCGCCGAGAAAUCUCAAGGUGGAUCCUGUCAGCUCGACCGAGUUCAACGUCACCUGGGACCCACCUGAUCAUGAUUUAUGGAACGGGGAGAUACUCGGUUAUCACAUCGGAUACAAGGAACAUAGGUUGGGAUCGGAUCAGUACACGUAUAGAACGGUGGAAAGGCGAAUUUCCACGGCGAGCGUGGCCCUAGGCCUGGCCAGGAUGUCCAUGCCCGGCACGCAAUACCAAUUGACGAACUUGAAGAAAUUUACGAGGUACAGCGUAGUGGUGCAGGCGUACAACGUGCUCGGCCAAGGUCCCAUGACACCGGAAGUGGUCGCCACCACCCUCGAGGACGUGCCGAGCAGCCCGCCGCAAGACAUCCGGUGUACAGCGUUGACCUCGCAAUCCCUUCAAGUCUCGUGGGACGCGCCCCCCGACUCCAGUCUGAACGGUAUCCUGAAGAGCUACAAGGUGAUAUGGGAGAACAUGAACGUGUUGACCGAGUCCCCCAAGUCGGAGACGAAGAUCACCAGUGCCUUGACCGUGGUGAUCCACGGCCUCGAGAAGUACACGAAUUACUCUGUCCAAGUGUUGGCCUCGACCAGGGCCGGGGACGGGAUCGCGUCCUCGUCUUUGUACUGCGUCACCGAGGAGGACCUGCCCGAGGUGCCUGCCGGCGUGAAGGCCGUGGUCAGGUCGGCGACAUCGAUUAUCGUGUCCUGGCAGCCUCCGCUCAGGAGCAACGGGAAUAUCACGUCUUACAACGUUCAUAUCCGGUGGGUAAGCCCGGAGGGAAAAUGGUACAAGCGGUCGUUGCCUCCGUAUCAGACCAGCUACCAGGUGGAGAGCUUGCACAAGAAGAAUCAGUACGAGUUCAGCAUCGCUGCGGUGACGUCGGUGGGCGAGGGGCCCCAGACGCAGCUGGUCACGGUCUCACUUUCCAGCGAAGUCCGUGCGGCGAUAUAUUCGUUCGGGACGGUAUUGGUCGUCCCGUGGAAACAGAACGUGACGUUACCGUGUCAGAGCGUGGGGAACCCCGAGCCGUCGGUGAUAUGGAAACAAUGGGGCCAGAUAGUGAAAUCGUCGAGCAGGGUGUCCUCGUUAUCGGAGGGCUCGCUCCAGAUCAUGGAUCUUCAUAGGGAGGACAGCGGAAAUUACACUUGCUACGUGAAGAAUCGUCACGGAUCCGAUCAGAUCACGCAUCGUUUAACCGUGCAAGUUCCACCUGCAGCCCCGUUGCUUCACGCGACCAGCGCGACGAGCAAUUCGAUCAACGUCCAGUGGAAGAACAGGGACGACGGUGGCGCCCCAAUCAGGGGUUACAUCCUCCACUACAAACGGGAAUCGGGGGAAUGGGAGGAGAUGAAGGUCUCCCACAAGAUCAACAGUUUCGUGUUGUCGCGGCUGUGGUGCGGGAACGAUUAUCAAAUGUAUCUGACGGCGUACAAUCGGAUAGGUAUGGGCUCGCCGAGCGAGAUCGUGAAAGCGACGACGAACGGAUCGAAGCCGGAGAACUCGCCCAGCAACGGUGAUAAAUUCGUCACUGUGAACGUGUCGUGGAUCACUCUUCAUCUGAGCAUGUGGAACGACGGUGGAUGUCCUAUCACCCAUUUCGAGCUCGAGUACAGGAAGAAUGGCGAAGAUAUUUGGACCUUGGUGUCGAAUAAUAUCGAGGUACAGAAAACGUACACGCUGAGCGAGCUGCAACCGGGGACCACCUACGACAUCCGAACGAGGGCGCACAAUAACGCGGGUUUUUCGGUCGCCGAAUACAGGAUAACGACUCUGCAGCCUCACGUCAGCAGCACCGUGCCAUCCGUGGAGAUCGAUCAAUACAUCCCCCAGCACACGUCCGUCUACUCGGAUCUAAAGCUGAUCAUCCCUCUGAUACUGAGUUCGCUGGCGAUCAUCGCCGCCGCCGGUGCCGUGUUCUAUUGUUUCCGUAAACGUCCAUUUAUAGGGGAGAUGGCGAGCCUUCACGAUGCCCAGACUGCGGCCGCCUUAGACAAUAAGCAGAAUAUGGAGCAGCGUGAACAGUACUACGCGACGGUGCGCAAACCGCUUCGCUCGCCUAUACACGAGAUGGGUACCUUGGAAAAAAUUCCAGAAUACUCGGAGGACAUCUACCCGUACGCCACCUUCCAGCUAGAGGAGAGCGUACCACCAGGGGGUGACAGUCGAUGUAAUUCCGCGGCGCCUCUUCAGACGUUCGUCUAUCACGAUCCCCGUCUGUCCACAGCCGACACUCUUCAAUUACGAGAGUCGGAUUGCAACCGGUACACUAAGGUGCGCGGAGGCCGUUCGUCCUCUGCGCCGUUGCACAAAACGCACAAGGUCAGUCAGGGCAAGUCCGAGUCGGAGGAAUACGACACCCUGGGCUCGGACAGCGACACGGAAGUCGGGACCAGCAGCCGAACCGAGUCUUCAAAUCACCUCGUCGAUUCGCACCACUCGGUGUCUGCGGCCGACUCGCGUGUCCACAACUUCCUGUACCAUGGACCAGAAUCUAGCACGUCUACAGAACCCUCACCGAUUUUUGAGAGAAAAUCGUUUCCUGGAAGGGGAAGAUCCAAGAUGUUACAGCUGGCGCGUCAUACCAGCGAGGAGACCCGUUCCAACUUCGGCCCAAUCUCCGGGUUUGGCAAUCCCAAGCACCAGUCGAGCAAUUCCUGCUCCAAUCGGGACCAGGAGCGUGACGGAUCAGGGAAUCUGUUCGUCCCCAAGCUGGACCCACCCUCGGGCUUCUCCGACGCGUUUGAGCUAAGCGAGGCGGAGUGCGACCUCGAUCGCGGCCACACCAGCCAACGAAACGUCCGUGACUUUGUAAUCGCGGUGUAAAUAAAGUAAUGAAGAAUUGUAGAGAACCUCCACGAUGAUACCAAGCGAAACGAACGAAACCCCAUUUCAAAUAUCUCGAUGUAAAGGGGGAAAAGAGAAAAGGAAAAGAAAAGAGAAAAAGAGGAAUACCAUCGUGGUCCGUCUUUCGUUAAUUUAUUCAUCGGCCGUCGUGGCGAUCACGAUGGCGAUCGAUCGUGCGUGCUCCCCUCCCGUUCGUGUUCCUGGCCUACGUCGAUGAAAAAAAAAAAGAAGCGUCGAUCGUAUCCUAGAAACGAAACGAACGUACCUAUCUACGAACUCGAUCAUGUAUUCUUCAAACUGCCAAUUUUAGUUUUUUCGAUUACGAUCGGGGAAAAGAAAGAGCCUGCGGCCAUCGUUCAUUCGAUUUUUCGAAUCGAUCAAACUUUUUUAUCGAUCGUCUCGUUGUUUACGAGAGAAAACGAGGAUCGUCCUAUAAGAGACUCGACUCGACUCCCCUACUUUGCAAAUUAGGUGAAUUUUUACCGCAGGUUUUUAUCGAACGACGAUCACACGGCACAAUUGCUCGAGUUCGAGAUCGACAGCAUGCGUCCAUAUUUGACGUAUGAGUUUCAUUCGGCAUUAAGACUGCGACAGAUGAGAGCCACAACUCUGCCAUAAAAGCGAUACACGAGGAAGAUUUUUCGACUUCCCGACGAGAAAAGACUCCUAUUAUCUUUUAAUUAAUCAAAGACUCGAAUCGUAUUAAAUAAAUAAUCGUCGAACGCGAAUCGUCCUAUUAAGACUACGUUGCAGCAUAGAUUCCCAUCAAGAAAUAUCGGUUUCCAUUCAAUACCGAGUGCAUAUCCCAAACGAGCAAUACGAGUGUUACGAUUUGUUACGAGUUUACUUGGUCUUCCAAUUUCGUAGAUCUACGUUUUUACCUACUGAUUUUCAAUCAGUCGUCCUUUUUCAACAAAGAAAAAAAAAGAAGAACGCGAAGCGUGAACAAAUUCCUUUCAAAAGCGUAUUUCUCGUUCGUGUGUACACGUGUAUAAAUAACGAAAGCUAGGCCGUGAAAGAACAAAAAUGUUUGUCGUUUCAUUUACUGCGAGACUGAAACAUUUUUUCUUUUUUUUUUCUUUAGUAGAUGAAACGUGUAGCCUAAAACUUUAACGUUCAUUGCAAAAUAAGAAAAAGAAAAAAAAAGAAAAAAUAAAUAAAUAAAUAAAAUUGUCUGUAAGAUGUCCGUAAUUAUCAAUGCUGUUAAUUGUUAAGGUACGUGUUCGUGUACCUCGACGGAAAGAAACGAACGCGCGAACGACGCGGAUCGCGAAGAAACGAAGGGAAACGAAAAGAUUCUAGUUCUACUUGGUUGAAACGUUGAAACUGAAAGCGAUCGUCUCGCCGCGUUUGAAUUUCGCGCGUCGAUUAACGAUCGACGGACCGAGCGAUACGCUAUGGGAAACAGACGACAAAACGAAAAAAUAAAAAACCAAAAAAAAAAAGAAAAAAAGAAAUAAAAGAUAAAGUAAAAAAUUAAAGUAAAAAAUAAAAGAAAGAAAAAAAAAGCACGCAGAGUAUUAAUAAAUUUGUUCGACUGUCGUUAAGGGAAAAAAAAAAAAAAAAAGAAACACCUACCGAGUCUACGUAAACGCAUCUGUUGUCAUCGAAUCAGUUUAAUAUCGUACGUACAAGCAAAUCGAUCGUUCACUCGGCAACGUGACGAUGAUUUUUGAGUCUGAGUGCUGUCUCUCUCUCUCUCGUUAUAUCUCGGCGUCCCCGAUCAGGAAGCACCGCGAGGCCGAGAAUCGGGGGCUACGAAAGAAGAGAUAUCGAUCUGUUGACAAAUCGUAUACUUUAUAAUAUAUGAACGAAUGAUUUACCACGAAAUUCGUACUAUUGUGUUUUUAGACGACUUUAGAUUGUUUAUAUUCUAUUUACUUUGUAAAAUAUACAACACUAAUUCCAUAACGGA